AUGUUUGCAUAUUCUGAAAAUCACCGAUGGAACUGCUAUGAAUAUGAAGCUACUGAGAAUGCUCUAGUAGAAGCCGGAAUAAAUGCACGUAUCCUAGAUUACGCACCCGGGAGAGGUGGGUUUCCUCUAAACAAAGUAGAUGCGCUUCCCAAUGCGAACAUUCAGGACUUGAAUGGCCUUGUGACGAAUGGAAUCGGAAGGGGGUGGCGAGAAGGCGUUCACAUGCGACUUACUGCUCACCCUCCCGAGAUGCCGUACGCCGAUUGCGCUAAUAGGCAACUAUUUGUACAUGAUAUCGAUCGUGUUGAAGCAUUAGAGCAUGACGAUCGUAUACAAUUCUUUAACGCUUGGGGGUUGCCAACGCUGCCAGCAGCUUUCUUGCCGCCGCAAACAGACAUGGAGAGGACAAAGCAUCAUAUGCUGGUGCCCCUCAGAUUUUCAAAUUGUUAG